UUUCAGCCAAUCAGGGAAGUAGGAGAUGCUCAUAACCAGUCUGUGAUUGGACAAUCGAGAAGACGUUAAUGUAGCCGUAGCAACUGAUCAGGAAACCAGCGCGUUUGUUUCCUCGCUGACGUGAACGCGCUUCGGCAAAUUGAAAACACUGGAGAAAACAAACAUCAGUGCUGAAUAUAUGCGCUUAACGUCCUGUAGGCUCUAGGCACAAUUGUCUUCAGCUCUUUUCUCAAACCCCACCCCCUCACCACAAGGAGUAUUGCCAUGGUGGAUGUCACUAAGUGGCCUCUCUUCACACUCUUGAGUGGACAGGAGCUCGCCUCCAUAAGACAGGCAUGCAUUUUUGGAGCAUAUGCUAAUGAGGCCAUCUACAUCACCCAUGAUAAUGAAGUGUAUGCAUUAGGUCUGAACUGCAGUAACUGUCUGGGCACUGGAGACAGUCAGAGCACCAUUGUCCCUAAAAAACUGGACUCUCUGAGUGGGAAGAAGGUGGUCAGGAUAAGCUAUGGCAGUGGGCCUCAUGUUCUGCUGGCCACAGAAGAGGGGGAGUUGUAUGCAUGGGGGCAUAAUGGGUACAGUCAGUUGGGCAAUGGAACGACCAAUCAAGGUGUGUCACCCGUCCUGGUGUCUACGAACCUGCAGAACAAGAAAGUGACAGAGGUGGCCUGUGGGUCUCACCACUCUUUAGCGCUGACCCAUGAUGGUGAGGUGUUUGCUUGGGGCUACAACAACUGUGGUCAGGUGGGUUCGGGGUCCACCACCAACCAGCCGACGCCCCGCAAAGUGACUAACUGCCUUCAGAACAAAGUAAUGGUCAGUAUAGCCUGUGGACAGACCUCCUCCAUGGCUGUGGCAGAUAAUGGCGAGGUUUAUGUGUGGGGUUACAAUGGAAAUGGACAGCUGGGGUUAGGCAACAAUGGGAACCAGCUGACAGCGUGCCGUUUGGUUGCGCUGCAAGGCCUCUGUGUGCUGCAGAUUGCCUCAGGUUAUGCUCAUUCACUGGCCUUGACCGAUGAGGGAUUGCUGUAUGCAUGGGGGGCCAACACUUAUGGCCAGCUGGGCACCGGCAACAAGAGCAAUCAACUCAGCCCUGUUCAGGUCAUGACUGAGAAAGAAAGGAUUGUGGAGAUCGCCGCCUGUCAUUCUACACACACAUCAGCGGCAAAGACGCAGAGUGGUCAGGUGUACAUGUGGGGGCAGUGCCGCGGACAGCCCAUCGUGCUGCCACACCUCACGCACUUCACCAGCACGGAUGAUGUCUUCGCCUGCUUUGCCACACCUUCUGUUAUGUGGCGACUGCUCUCCAUGGAGCAUGAUGAUUUCCUGACUGUAGCUGAGUCCCUAAAAAAAGAGUUUGACAAUCCUGAGACCUCGGACCUCAAAUUCAGCAUAGACGGCAAAUACAUCCAUGUCCACAAGGCUGUUCUCAAAAUUAGGUGUGAGCACUUCAGAUCAAUGUUCCAGUCACACUGGAAUGAGGAUAUGAAAGAAGUGAUUGAGAUUGACCAGUUCUCUUUUCCGGUGUACCGCUCUUUCCUGGAGUUCCUCUACACUGAUAGUGUAGAUCUUCCUCCUGAGGAUGCUAUCGGACUGCUGGAUCUGGCAACCUCGUACUGUGAAAACAGACUAAAGAAGUUGUGUCAGCAUAUCAUAAAGAGGGGCAUCACUGUCGAGAAUGCUUUCUCCCUGCUGUCUGCUGCGAUUAAAUAUGAUGCUGAGGAUCUUGAAGAGUUCUGUUUUAAAUUCUGUGUCAACCACUUGACUGAGGUCACACAGACAGCUGCGUUCUGGCAGAUCGACGGCAACAUGCUGAAGGAGUUCAUCUGCAGAGCCAGCCGUUGUGGAGCUUUCAAAAACUGACUAAUGCCUCAGACAACCACCAGAAAUACACCCUCUCAAACUGUAUUGGCCAUGGAACCAGUCUGUUACUUCAAGCAGUCAGAGGGCGCUGUUACACCAGAUAGUCAUUUACACACACUAUUGGCUCCUAGGGCUAGGGUUAGGGCCUUGUUCAGCAGAAAGCCGGGCACCUUCCACCAAUGGGCUAUUAAUGUCCUGUGCAACCAUUUCAAGGGGAUUGUUGCACAUUCAUCUGUUACAAGUGUUGGUCAGUCAUAACUUUUUUGAAAAGAGAUAUUGGCCAAUGCUAAUAACACUUCCUAGUGCUGCUGACAGGAGUAAUGUUUGCAUAAUAAAGUGGGAGGGAGAUUGGAGUUUGAUAAUAAAUGUAUUACAAUGUAGCUGUGGAGUAUUGAAGCAGCAUCUACAAGAACUAUGACAAUUGCACUCAGUUUGAUGUUUAAAUUUUGCUAAAAUAAUAAGUAUUACAAAUAGUUGCACUCAUAGAACAGUAGUUUCCUUUAAAGGAGCUCAUAUAGGGUCGCUCAAGUAUUUUGGAGUAUCUUUUAGUUGUUUCAGGACUUUCACCUUUUUAGGUUGCUUUUCUUUUACAUAUUAACCAACUAUAUUGUUUGUUCUAUGUACAUACUGUACAGUUUUUGCAUUAGUUUUGUAAAUGUAUUUGUGCACAUUAAGUGUGCCACAUUUUCUCUUGUAAGUUAUACAACUUUAUCUCUAAAAGAUGUAUAAAGAUUUUCUCAUAUGUUGCAUCAGUAUUUGUUGCAGUAUUUAUAUGUCAGUCUAUAAAUAGUUUCCUAAUUAUGGUAUCAUAAUCUUUGUUUAGUAGGCAAUAGGCAUACUGGAUCUAAUGUUCUUUAGAACCAUGUUUUUCAACCAGGUGACCCCUGGGGUCUGUGAACAUAUAACAUAGGAUUCUAUAUAUUUCUAAAAAGUAAUAUAUUGAUGCUCUAUUAAGCAUUAUAGAAUGUAAUGUUUGUUAAAGACCCCAUGAAAUCAAAAUUAAAUGCUGCAUUCAAAUCCUCCUAGUUCACAGUUCACAGUUUGAGAUAUAAGUGGGAAGUUUGUAGUCAUAAAUAUGAUAUGUGCAUUCAAAGGAUUUUAGGCUGAAAGAAUGUACCCAUUUUGCCGUUUCAUCCUCUCUUUUUCACUAACUGACAAAGACGAGAAGCUUUUUUUUUUUUUUUUUUUUUUUGUAGCACCAAUGCAAGUAUGGUGUGUAAUUGAUAUGUUAUAUAUUUAUUUUAUAAUUUAUUUAUUUUUUGUCAUUCUUGUGCCACAAACAUAUAAUGAUGGGAAAUGUAGUGGUAACACUUUACAAUAAGUUUCCAAUCGUUAACGUCGCUAGGACAGUUUAUUUUGAACAAGAGGGGCGAACGGUUACGGAAUAUAACGCGGGAGUACAAAACCGAACUGAUGCGGAUUUAUAGAAGCGGAAAGCACGUCUGUGCGUGCGAUGGUGCGAGGAACUGGACGGCGGGAAAAAAAAUAAUGUUCAGUGAAAAGUCAAAAGAAGAUCGCAAUGUAUGUAAUUGUAACUAUAUCAGAUAUUAUUAAUAAAACAUGGGAACUCGUUGCGUGGGCAUUUUUUGACUCCAUACUUUAAAUUUCGGGGAUAUUUUUGUUAAUUUCAGUGGCAUUUUUGCCCUGAGUCCCUGUUAAUUUUCCUGCCGUUGUAUCUUUCUAAAGUAUGUAAAAGUUUGUUUUAGACAAAUAGUAGCAUGUAAAUAAGAUAUCCCCACAUAUAUGUCAAACUACAUUGUAUUAAUGUUUGACACAGUAAAACAUUGCCUACCUUAAAAACAAGUGAAGUUUGAUCAGUGGUUAAACGUCUUCAGACGGUUUCCUCGUACCUGAAUGAACGGCUCCUUUCCAGAAUAAAAUGAAAUAUGCUGAAAAUCACAGUGUUACAGUUCUUGUAUAGUGACAGGUUAGGAAGUCUUGGAGAAGAUAGAGAAGAGAGGACACUGGCGGCAGUUUAUGCAAGCUGCUGUGCCCUGCGGGCUUCCGUUGUGCUGCCCAGAGCGCAUUUUAGUUUAUAAACAGAUUUAGCACUUAGAACUUGCCGAUUUCUUCUUCCCAAAAAACUUCCCAAAAAUUCAGAAAUAUUAUGUUUUUUUUUUGUUUGUUUUUUUUUUUUUUUGUACUUUGUGGUGAAAAAUAACUGUGGCAAAGUUGAAUACUUCAUUUUUAACCAACUCAAGAAAAAUGUACUCAAGGACUGUAAUGAGAGCAGUUGUAAUUCGUUACUUUCCACCUCUGAACAUUAAUAAAUGCGUUUGAUAUCACGAACUAACAA